AUGGCGAACCCCAAUGCACUGCGGCCAUCGAUUGGCCGCGUACUGCGGCUGCAGGAGACUCGGCAAUGGCUGCCCACGUCCUCAACAUCGGCGUCUAUCGCACAACCGCGAAUCGCAACAUCAUCCUUCUCAAGCUCCGCCGCCCGCUCGGUGCGCAAGACCCGCGACAACAACCGCCUGAGAGGUGUCACGACCAUGAGGAGAUCAGGCCCUCGAGAGCCUCUUUCCGUCUCCUGGGAGGAGCUGCCUAAACCUGCGAACUACAAGCGUACGGUUGGAGUGGACCCAAACCACGGUCUUUGGGACUUUUUCUACGACAAGAAGCUGGUGAACACGCCCAGCGAGGAUCAGGCCCACGGCCGGGCUUGGAUGGUAGAGGAGCUGCGAAAGAAGAGCUGGGACGAUCUUCAUGCCUUGUGGUAUGUCUGCUUGAAGGAGAGAAACCGCAUUUCGACUACCAGCCGUGAGCGCACGAGGCGCCAGCUUGGAUUUGGAUCAUACGAGGCCAACGAGAGAGAUGAGACGGUACUCAAGACGAUGAAGGCGAUCAAGCAUGUUUUGACUGAGCGAUUCUAUGUCUGGGAGGAUGCACGCGUUAUCGCGGAGAAUGACCCCGAGAUCGACCUGACUAACGAGAGCGGUGCUUACACGCCUCUUAACGGACAUCAGUAUGCGGAACCAGUUGUCGAGGAGCAGGUGGCCGAGGAACAGGUUGCUGAGGAGCAUGUGGCUGAGGAGAGCUUGCCCGCAGAGAAAGAAGCGGCAGCUGAGGAGGUGCCCGCUGAACAGAAGAAAGAGCCGGCGGCUGAGGCCGAGACCAAGACUGAAGACAAGCCGGUGCAAGUUGAGGAGAAGAUUGUCAAGAAGCCCGAGCAGGCGAAGAAGGCUGAGGACAAGGCUGACACGAAGCCUGUGGACAUUCCAGUCCCGCGGAUCUGA